AUGUCGGAUCCGCUCCUGUUCGAAGACACCUUCACGAUCACAGCGAUCAACGCUCAAAAGUACGACCGCGUGUCCCGACUGACAUGCAGCUCGACCGAUGCCACUCUCUCAUUCACUCUGGAUGUGAACUCGGAGCUCUACCCCUGCGCCGUGGGCGAGUCGCUCUCCCUGGCGCUGGCCUCGACGCUCUCCCUCGACGGCAAGGAGGAUACCCGCGCGAGCUGGAGGGAAGUCAGUAUGGGCGAGCAGACAUUGGCGAAUGACUAUGACUAUGUCUGCCAUGGCAAGGUUUAUCGAUUUGAGGAGGGUGCGACCAAAGAUACGAUGGCCGUCUUUGUCUCCUUUGGAGGAUUGCUGCUCUAUCUUGAGGGUCCCUACAAGAAGCUGGCCCCGCUGAGGAUUGACCAUUUGUACCUGCUUCUCAAGAAAUAG